AGAGAGCUUUUGUUCGCGCGAAGCCGCAGUAGCUUGACGUGGCGCUGCAAAAUUUAAGGACUUCGAAAAUAGUCGAUAGUCUGGAUUAAUAAUUGCACGACUUCGCGAUUUGUUCGAGACGCUUUGCUUAACUUACAGUAACACUCUAUAUGCGGCGUUAAUGGACUGCUCUGGCAUCGGUGCGUUUCUUUUUUCGCAAUUCUGCGGCGUAUAUGUGUAUGGUCUGGCGAAGUAGAGCAGCCGAAAAGCUUUCGACGCGGCACUUGACGAGGCUCGAUUUUAUACCACAGUUAAUAAAAAAUGACUUCCAAAGUUCUUGUCAAACUUCCACUAGUACCUUUUUCACAACGGAAGAAACCACCGCCUGAAAUAAUCUCAUUGCCCAAUAGAAAUGACGAGAGCGACGAGGGACGAUUACAGGGUCACAACAGUGAUAAAGUGACCCAGCUGGAGCAGAAUAUGAAGUUCCUUCAGGAUCAGCAUCAGGCAACCCUGGUCGCUCUGCACCAAGAAGUCGAGAUCCUUCGGCAAAGAAACAGAGACCUACAGUUUCAACUGGUCUUCUCAAAAGGGACAAACUACGCUUCUAGCAGUCCCUCUUCUCCGGAAGACAGUGGGAAUGGGUUCGCGAAACCGAAACAGGGAAGCCCGGCAAGUGUCAACGUUGCGCCUCUUCAGGUUGAGCUACUGGAGAAAGACCUGCAGGACAUGAAAACCUCUUUGAAUGAAGCGAAAACACGCAACAUUUACUUGUCGGAAGUAAUCGAGAAGCAGAAAAAGGCAUUGGAGCUCAGCGAAAAGUCCAAGGAGAAGCAGAAGGUGACGGACGUGGGCGUUCAGGUCGACGGAGUGCUGGAGUGUCAGCAGGUUGAGCUCCAGGCGCGGCUGGACGACGCUGAGGCGUUGGUGAAGAGGUUGCGCCAGGAAAACGAAGACCAACGCAAGGAGAUCGCAACGAUCAAGUCGUCAUCGUCGGCCGGAUACAACAGUAACGGCAACAACAGUCGAAGCGGAAGCAGUCGGAACCGUGGUGCCGGUCAGAACGCCUAUCACAAUCGUGGCCCACCGGCGAACGACCAGGGCCAGGAGGAGAACUACCACAAGUUCCCACCCUUGCAGACACAGAGCUACUGGCAUCGAGCCUCCAGAGGCAAUCACAGUUACGAUCACAACUCACAGUCGGAUUACCACCGGAACAGCAGGCACCAUCAGGACAGGCAAGAGCUGGAGCCUGAUCUGGACAUCACCACAGUCUUGCCACAGUUGAGAAAUGGCAGUGUCCGAGUGGACAACAGCUCGAGCUAUCCGCCGUUCUUCAGAUCACGAGGUCAUCACAGCGGUGGCAAUUACUACAAGGACGAGAGGGGACAGCAGAACAGGAAAUACAGGGGUCAGAAGGCGCAGAGGGAUCGGAGAGAUCAGGAGCCCAGGGAAUACCAUAGAGAGUACAAAGACAGCAGGGAACCCAAGGAGAAUCAGCGACAGCAUCAGUUCUCCGAGUCAGCCAAGGGCGCGCGAAACUCGCAGAGGCAGUAAUUAUAAUAUAACAAAGUUUUAAAUGAAUUGUCAUCAAGUUCUUAUACUAUCGAAAAAUCGCUUGCAUGGUAUAAUCUGUAUAUUCGUUAGAUCCAUUCAACUAAACAAAACAAAAAAAAUAUGUAAAACGGCUCGACUAUAUUUCGUUUAGCUAUAAUUAUUAUGUAUUGACCAAUCAAUCGAGAUUAUAAAGGGCGACAAGUACGUACACCAGCUUGACAAGGUCGAAAAGAAAUUUCUGUCUGUAUUGCAUGCAUGCACACUAUUAGCGGUUCCAUAAUACGUAUAUUGUGAUGAAAAGAGAAAAAAAAUGAACAUAACGUUUUUAGAACGUGCUUUCGAAAAUUUCGCUGGUUUACAUUUGCAGCAUCACUUUUCAGAGAUAAUCAAUACAGGUUUUAGAUUGAAGCAAGUAUAUUUAGUGAUCCAAAUUAUUAAUGGCAUCGACAUUGCUGAUGCUCAAGCGCAGCGAUUGAGUUUGUAGCCAAAAGAAAUGAUAAACUUGUUUGUUUUCGGCGAAAUUAGAGACUUUGUAUGUGUAAAACUUGAGAAAAAUUCAUUAACCAUGUGACAUAUAUUGCAAGGGACCUUAUUAUAUUUAAAAAUUAUAAUAGAACACAGUCUCUUUGAUCUCAUGUCACUUGCUCAUGCGAUAAUUGUGCUGUUAAUUAUAUUAUUAGAGAUAAUAUGUAUAUAUAUAUAUAUAUAUAUAUAUUAUACAUAUAUUUAUAAAGUUUUUUAAUUAUGUAAGUUCAAUCAAAGUUUUUAUCGAUGAUUUAUUUGAGAUUUGCCAGAUUAAAACAUUUAUAAAAGAUUAAUUUUUUUAGAAAAAAGUUUUGGAAAAUCAAAAGCAUUGGUGUGUUGCUUCUUAUCAAUUGACAAUAUUGCAUUUAUUCCAUAAAAGUCUCAAACCGUGAGAUUAUAUUCGAUGUGAAUUAAUCCUUUACAUUUCAAAAAAUGUACUAGAAUAGUGAAUCGUACGAUGAAAAAAACUUUCAUUAUACGUCUGCAAUCGAUAUGCUUAAGAUCAUUUAAAUUUAAAAGUAUAAUUGGCAGAAAUGGAAAUAAUAUACCAAAGUUGAGAGAAAAAUAAAAGCUAUAAAAUCUUUAUGCUCUCAUUAUACUCUUUAACGAAUGAUGGUAUAAAAUAUUAAUAACACCUAUCCUGUGGACUGAAUAAUCAACAAAUAUCUAAUAUAAUUUUCUCCAUAUGAGACACGAGACUUGUAUGUUUGAAUGGGUGAUAUAUUAAAUAAAUACAUUAAGUAACUGCACAAAA